UUUUUUUUUUUACUUCUUCGCUUACGCUGAUGAUCCUAUCAUAGCCUACUCCUACUUGGUGGUUUAUGGAACAUGUUCUGCGCAAGACUGUACCUUAGAUAGUUUAGGAAAAAGCACAUUAUAAUCUGUAUAAAGACUGAUCCGAAAAGAGUCACUGUUGUAAUUAGACAGAAUUAGGGGCGGUUUUAGUCUUCUCGUUUAUGGAAACAAUCUUGCAUUCUUGUCAAAACUAAACUAAAGCGUCAUCUCGGUGACAAUACAAGCACCCAAGCUAAAGGGCAACACAACUUCUCAGCCAUGUCAAUGAAAUUUUGCUGCAUUUACAGUAUCGGAUUCAUUUCCAUUCUACUUUUAAUAACAGGAAUUUCUUUAGUAUUGGCAGAGGUAUUCCAAAAUGUAUUGUACUCGAGAAUCGAAAAGGAAAUCGUGCUGAGAAAUGGAACUGAGGCGUUCGAGGCGUGGGAGAACCCCCCUCCUCCCGUCUACAUGCAGUUCUACUUCUUUAAUUUGACCAAUCCCUUAGAGGUGCUUGAUGGAGACAGGCCUGCUGUGGUUGAGAUAGGACCCUACACAUACAGGGAGUAUCGGCCCAUGGAGGACAUUGCCUUUAUGGAGAACGGGACCAAAGUGUCGGCUGUGAAUACAAAGACCUACAUAUUUGAGGCCAACAUGUCCAUAGGCCUAGAAAGUGACUUAAUGAGGACAGUGAACAUCCCAGCGUUGACUGUCAUGGAGAAAUUCAAGGAUCAUUCGAUCAUAGCCAAUAUCAUCAUGGCGUACAUGAAGUCCAAUGAUAUUGGACUGUUCAGCACGCACACUGUCGGAGAGCUGCUGUGGGGCUAUGAAGAUGGAUUGCUCAAGACUCUCAAAUUGUUCCAGCCUGAUUUAGAUGAUGUGUUUGGCCUCUUCUAUAAGACGAACGCGACCAAUGACGGGGAGUAUGUUUUCCUGACUGGCCAACAGGGCUACAGGGACUUUGCCAAGGUGGAGCAGUGGAAAGGUCAAAGCUCUCUGCCGUGGUGGUCCACGGACGAGUGCAACAUGAUCAACGGCACCAACGGUGCCUCCUUCCAUCCUGUCAUCACCAAGAACGAGACGCUCUACAUGUUCUCGUCGGACCUCUGCAGGUCCCUGUUUGCCACGUUCGAGGAGGAGGUGAGCGUGAGGGGCCUCCCCGGCUACCGGUUCGUGCCACCCAGCCGGGUGUUUGCCAGCCCGACGGUGAACCCCGACAACGCAGGCUUCUGUGUGCCCCCGGGGAAUUGUCUGUCCUCGGGUCUGCUCAACGUCAGCGUCUGCAAGCAGGGGGCACCAAUUAUCAUGUCGUCGCCACAUUUCUACCAGGCAGAUGAGAAGUACAUCAACGGCGUCUUUGGGAUGUAUCCUAACAAGGAGCGGCACCAGACCACUAUCGACGUGAACCCACUCACAGGUGUGAUUCUACAGGCGGCCAAACGACUCCAGGUCAACGUCUUCGUUGAGAAAAUCAGCACGUUCAGCCAAACCGGAAACGUCAGAACGGUGGUGUUUCCUGUGCUGUUCCUCAAUGAGAGUGUUGUCAUCGACGAGGAGUCCGCUAAAAAGGUGCAGGCGGUGGUCACUCUGGGCAACGUGGUGGUCAACGUUCCCUUUAUGCUGAUUGGCUUGGGGAUCCUCCUCGGGGCCAUUUUCAUGGUGCUGAUGUGUCGUCAGCAAGUCCCCAAGAGCACCCCUGCUGAGCGCCAGCCACUGCUUGGUUCAUCAUAGCUCCACAAGCCGUGUAGUCAUGGCGGAACACGUCCGAUUUCUGCUAUAACCUGCCACAAACUUUGGAAUCACUACAUGAUAUACAGUAUUAUAAGUAGGUGACUGAAAGGUCAACCUCCUGUUCUAGGUGUAUAUACUCUUAUGUUAUCAAUAACGCUUUAACAUUUUCAUGUAGUAUAUCUGAUGGCUUAGUUCAAAUGCCAAUUUGAUUUGAAACCAAUUGCAAGGCAACAGUUCAGAAAUGUUUACAGGAGCCAGGCCGUUUACGAGACCUGUGUUUUGACAUGAAUAGUGUCCCCCCCCAUCAUGUCUAUCAGCAUACAGGAGGACAAACGAUUCCAAAUCAACAGUACAAAUCUUCAAGUAAGAAAUGCUCAAACUGAAACCAAGUUUACCCAAAAACCCGAUCUAAUGGUGAAGAUUUAGGGAAGAGGUUAAGAGAUUAUCGAUACGAUACUGUGUGUGAGGAAGUGUGUGUGUGUGUGUGUGUGUGUGUGUAUGAGAUGUUGGAAACGAUGAUGCGUGUGAAGAUAUGUGGGGGAGUUUAUUUUCCGUAUGAUCUCAUAGACUGCAGAGUAUAGGCCAGCUAGCAGGAUCAGGUCUGACUGUCAGAGAUCGCUAAUGAAAUGACACUGUACUGUAUAAUAUGAUGCAGUCAGCAAGAUCUGGAAAUGUGCCGAAAUAAGUUCCCCUUUGUUCCACUGUGGCCCAGUGUACUUGUUACACAACCACCGUAAUGUCACUUUUUAAUAUUUCUAUACUACUGUUAGCAGGCUCAGCAGCCUGAUGAUGGAACAUUGUUAAAUAGAUUUUAUUGCCACUCUGAGUUGUAUAUGCAAUUCCAAGUGAACAUCCAUAUCGGUGUGUUCUGAUUCGUUUGGUCAUUUGGUUUAGUUACCCACUGAACGAGCUAACCACUUAUGAAUUACGGGAAUGAUAGGCAUACAUGUUUCCUGAGAACUUUCGAAUGAAUGCAUUCAGAUCGCUGAUGUCAUGACGAGUGUGAGGCCAACCAAAUGGUUGAUGGUUGAACACAUUGAAGAAGCUAUCCUCUAAUGUACUGAUAUGUAUGAGUCCUCUGCACUGAACAAAAAUUGACCCUGAUUGAACACUUUACCUCCAAGGAAGGAUGUGGUCAGUUUUGUAGUGUGUAAAUUGAAAAAUAUACCUAUAAGGGAAACUAGGUACAUGUGAGGGCUGUCCCAUCUAACUUCUGAGAACCAGUUGCUUCAACUAGAUUGUUCAAAAAUAUUGAUCUUUUACUUGGAGAACAUUUCAAAUGUAUGUACCUCCAAAAAUAUUUUAACCGUAUUUUAAACUGGCAGGUUUUCUAUUUGUAAAAACACAACAGUGGCCGUAAUUAAAAUGUGAACAUUUGUCACUACACUACAGCAAUUAGAAUUUGGGUGCUUCUUUCUACCUGUUGAUAGUUCAUUACUGUUUUGGGUUUUAAUGUUAUUGCUCCAUUCAGUAUCCCAUGUUUGUUUUAAGAAAAUAAUCUUUAUUGUCUUAAAUGCUUCAGGAUAUGUAUUUAUCUAGCAUGUCGUAAUUCUGCUCUGUUAAAAGAACCGUACUUGCACUUUUUCUACAAACAUAAAAAAGCAUCUGCACAAGUUUUACAAUAUUUACAAACUCUCCAGCAUGUAACAUAUUUACAAAUAAAUACAGGCUCGAUUGCCGCACAUUUUACAAACGACAUAUCAAUAAACU